UCGAACAUGCUACUUUGUCGUCACUUCAAAGGGUUUUACGAUGGCAAAAGGAGGUGUCUUCCACUGCCAAUGGAAUAUCGCGAUCUUGCGCUGAACGUGCCGAAAGAGCGUCCGAUUCUUCGGCAAGAAUAUGUUUUCCGGCUUCUGCCAACCCAUGAAGGUUCGUCCAGCUUGGCUCAAGAAACCCCUGUGACGACAGUGGGGCACGAGAGUGUGAUUCACGACACUGAGGGUCAGGGCAAGGGGCACACGAGCAGCAUUCAGACGCAGGUAGGCCCGGAUGCUCCUGGGAACACGUCUGGCUUGCAUUCUCCAGAUGCAGGGACUCACCGGGUCGGUACUCCGAAAAUCCUCAAGUUUGUCUGCCAGGGUGAGACAUAUUCGCUUCGAGAUGAGGCGAGAAGAGAAUCCGGCAGUUUAGGGCAAGAGGUUGGAGGGAAUGAGGUUGAAGGGAUGGGCGCUGUGCGCGACAGCUCCCGCGCGACAGCUCUGGCGGGAGCUGACUUCUUCGGAGAAGAUGCGCGAGCGACACAAAAGACGGUGCGAGAAGAGGUGGCGGAACAAACCCAGCGCAUGAAGAGGAUGAAAGGACACUUGCAACCGAUGAUUGACGGGGAUGAAGGUGACGUCGAAGAACGUGCCUCGGGAAAGAGGACGCCAGGGAUGCGUGGCGGACAAGAACAAGGAGUCAAAAAGAGGCAGUUGAAGCAAGAGGGUGCAACAACAAGUAAGAAAGCGAAGAGGCCUGGCGGUUUGAUCAUCUGCGAAGGACAAGCUAUGGGUGAAGGAGAUUCGGUUCGUCUAGGUAUUGUCGCCUCGAGAGAACCUUCAGAGAAAUCCAAAAGGAAACUGGCAGCUGAAGAAGGCGAUGGCCAGAAGAAACCUAUGAGGAGGAAGACUGCUGAGGGGACGAGUGGUGGCAAAAGGGCGGUCGGUAGGCAGUACGAUGAAGUGGCAGCGUUUUGGCUCGAAUACGAGCGGAACGAUGACGGUGAGAUCGUGGAGAAUGAGCUCCCCAUUCAACUGCUCAUCGACCCAAGGAAGUCUCUCGCUGACAUGACGGAUGCCGAAAAACUGUCGAUCCUCGACGAUAUUCUCCCGCUGAGGGGAGUGUUCGUGCAAUCGGCGGGCGGGUAUCUAAAACGUCAGCAUAAGCCUGAAAUUAAAGACAUGGUCGCGACGAGGAAAGUGGACCGCGUGAUGCUCCGCAUAUUUCACUACAUCUUGUUCCUCGAAUACGAGGAGGACUCAGAGGUUUGGCGGUAUGGGAGCCAGUUUUUUCGGACCGAGGAACAUCUUUUGGCGGAGUUCGCGCCGCGGGGCCUCACGAAUCAGGUGUUGGCCGAGCUGCGGAAGCAUUUCCAAGGCGCGGUGGAGUACGUGAACACUUGCAAAUGUUGUCCUCCGUACUGGGAGUCCCUCGACGAAACGAAGAAAAUGUAUGAUGAUGAGAGGUUCCCUAAAUCUUUCGAGAAGUCCAUCCGCUCCAUCUUGCGAACGGAGGAAGAGGUACAAGACACGAUCAGGGUCAACGGGAAUGUGAGACACAUCAAAUGUCACAAGAUCAACCGGGUGACCAGCCUUAUUCCUUUCAAUUGUCCAACUUCCCUGGCUCACACUCGUCUUAGUGAGAUCCGCGAGAUUGUGCGACAUUACGUGUGCAACUUGUACGUCCUCGAUUUGUGUGAUCCCACACUCCUCUCAAAUUGGCAAGAAGACAAUUUCGCCUCCUUGCAAGGCGUUCUCCAAACCCUAUCGCCAAGGCAUUGGGCACUUGUCGUCUUCUUCCCCUCUCGUUGGGAGCUCAGUUUCUUGAAAGGCAUGCCCAAGCUUAGCGUUCAUCACGUCAGGACAGGGAAGUGGGUGCGCCAUGCACAAAAGAAGUCCAAUGCUCGGGAAGGCAAUAUGCUGGUCGAGGAGUAUGAUCGUUUGUAUAUGGUUUUCAAUGGCGACAACCAGGAAGACAACACGGUCGCAGUCUUCCCGGCCAAUAGUCCAUCAAAGCCUCCCCGUGCCAAUGCUCCAAGUCCGGCCAAACCCACGACGGCAGCCCGCUCGAAAGUUGCCUGCUCAUCUGACCCGUCAGGACAGGCUGUGGCCUGUUUCGACGUGGCAGACGAGGACAAGUUCCCUCGUAGCCAGUGGGAGGACGACGGUGUGACAAGUGUUCGAGGAGCUGCUUACGGGGGGACAGGGAGCGCAACCCACUGCGGGAGAACUUUUUCGUCUGUCGUGUGGAAGCUCCUCCGCAGUGGUCGGAACGUCGUUGCGUUAGAGGACGAGGCGAAGAUGAUUGAUUACCUUUGCAAGUUCGUGAAGACACGCGUACGGGACCCUCGCCGCCAUUGCUCUUUUGUCCAGACCACCGACGAACGAAACUGGGAUCCCAAACGUGAUAUGUAUUGGAAAUUGUCGGAGAAGAAAAGGACGGAGGUUUGGGAGUUCCUUUUCCUGCCAGGACCGCCUGCUCAGACUGACCUGGAAUACAACCGACGGAGGAACCUCGUGUUCGGUGUGCUGAAUGGUUACCACGAUGCACCCAGGGAAUCUUUCGACGAGGAGGACCCUUUCGACGCUGAGGACAUGGAGGAGAUGAGCGACUCCGAAACCUUCGAUUUCGAAUCCAUGCCACUUCCUCGGGUGGUUGCACAGGUUGAUGAUGAAGGGGAAGGUGUUCCCCGAAGAUAUAGCACGUCCCCUGCCGGUUUGAAGCGUGUGUUUGAGUGUGAAACAGUCAAGAACCAAUCUUCUGAUGACGGGGAAGAAGAGAGAGACUAUGAUUACGUACUUGGUGACAAGCUCCCUAGGGACCAUGAUACCCAGGAGAAUGACAUGCUCUUCUUCUACGGGAAGCAUCACUGGUUCCCGCCAGAGGAUGUCUGGGGCCACAACGUCGUCUGGCACCCCAGGAAAUUCCAACCCGCUGUAAAGACAGGAAAGUGGGUCAUGGCAAUGAGGCAAGCUGAUGGCAAGUGGAGUGGCAUGAACAGAUUGGGAGCGGGUCCAUUUGAAAAAAAGGCGAGAAAAGCUCUGGUGGAGCAUUUGAGGGUUAUGAACCCCAACAAGAGUCUGCCGGACGUCAAUGCGUAUGCAGGCCAAAAGCUAGAUGAGUUGUACGCCAAAAAAAUGUCGGAGUUUCGAGCGCCUUUCUACGCACUCAAGACGGCACUGUCUCGUGGCAUUCACUGGCGCAUGCCGCAACCUCCGUCGGGUGGUCAGCAUCCGGGAGGUGGUCGGCGAGGUGAUGGAGGAGACGGCGCAGGACCUGGUGGAGGAGGUGACGGAGGAGAGGGCUCGGGAUCUGGUGGUGAUGAAGCAAAGGGGAAGGGGCCAGGCGAAACGUCCAAGAGAGCAGCGGAUCCGGGGGAAGAGGAGCUGUCACAGGGCGCACAUGCUGUGAACCGGGAAGAGGAGACUCAACACUGGCCGCCUAGCAGAGUGCUGGAUGAUCUCGACGCAGGAGUGUUUAAGACCGGGGCUAGCGGGCAUCUACGUCCUCCUUCGGAGGGUGCGUCCGACGACUUGGAGAGCAAGAGUACACCACUUCCGGGGGAAGGGGAGCUCUCACAGGAAGCGCAUGCUGUGCAGCGGGAAGAGGAAACUCAACAUUGGCCGCCUAACGAAGUGCGGGAGGGGCUCGAUGCAGGAGCGUUUGAAACCAAUGCUAGCGAGCAUCAGUGUCAUGCUUCGGAGGGCGCGUCCAUCGAUGUUGAGAGCAAGAGUGCAGCAGCUUUGGGGGAAGAGUACCUCUCACAAGAAGCGCAUGCUGUGCAGCGGGAUGUCGGGUCGGGCGGAGGUGAAAACCACGGUGAAGGGAGUCGAGAUUCCAACACGCGAGACGAGGCUGCCCUGGGGUCUUAUGAAGUGCGAGUAGAUUCGCAAUUGUCUGUGAGGACUUUGUUUCAUAAUGUUGAGGACAGUCCUCGCCGCAGUACACAGCACGAUUGUCCUGUUCAAGACGACACCUUGCUCUUGCACCUCUUCGAAGAGGGUGAACGUUUACAGCGUGCGGCGGCAUCUGUUCAGGGGCCCGCUGUAGGAGUGUUGGAGACAGAGGCUAGCGAGUGCGAAGGUGACACUUUGGAGGAGACGCAUGCUGUGCAGCAGGAUGAAUAGCUUCUCCAAGGCUCGUCGGGAAAUGCCAUCAACAUCGGGGACACCGAUUUGAUUUUGCAC